AAUAUAGAAUUCGUAUUCACAAUACUGCUUCGACGCGGCGCGUGACGGACGCGGCCAUUUUGAUUUUGUUUUUAUUUUUUUUUUCAAUUGUGUUUUGACGUUUCUAUUCAGCCAGUUUUAAUUUGAGUUUAAAAAAGGUUUUAUAUAUUGUGUUGUGAUUUUGUGUUGUGCUUGUUCAUAGAUAUGUCGUGAGAAAAAAAGAGUAUGAAAAAAAAAGAUGGCGGAUCAAGAAGGACCUGUCACAGUUAGUGACUUACCGAUUACGUUUCAAGUAAAAUAUCUUGGUCAGAGCGACGCGAGAGGGCUAUGGGGUAUCAAACAUACGAGGAAGCCUGUCGAUUUGAUGGUAGCUGCUGCCAAAGCUUUACCACCAGGACAAAUCCUGCCCAUCGUGAAGCUAACAAUAACCGUAGAAGGCGUCCAUGUUGAAACGGUUCACCAUGGCAACAAGGAAUUUGAGCAUAUGUCUGUGUUCUUCAACAUAGAGUCAAUAUCUUAUGGAGUACAGGAUUUGGUGUACACGAGGGUGUUCUCGAUGAUAAUUGUUAAGGACAACGCUGAUGCUAAAGGCUUGAACCCGUUUGAAUGUCACGCGUUCGUUUGUGAAAGCAGGAAUUCUGCUAGAAGAUUGACAUAUUCCUUGGCGGCAGCUUUCCAAGAUUAUUCCAGACGAGUGAAAGAGAUGCAAGCAACGCCAGAACUCGAUGAAAGACCGCCAAGCUUCAAGAAACGAUUUGCAAUCGAUCUUAGAACACCUGAAGAAAUCGAAGCUGAUUUAGAGACAGAGGCAUAAACCAAUGCUUGGCCCAACUUGGCCAAACUUGGCCCAACUUGGCCACACUUGGCCACACUUGGCCCAGAGUUAACGCAUAAUAUUUAUAAUUGUUGUUCUAUUUAUUGUUAAGUUAGUGUAAAUAACGCAUUCCAAAGCUGUAGUAAUAAAUAUUUGUGUUUUA